AUGGCACGAUCUGUAGCAUCUCGCUGCGUCACCUGUAUUCGCUCAAGGCCACGAUUCGAGAACCCAGUGAUGGCACCUUUGCCGAAGAAUCGCGUGCAAUUUUCAAGACCGUUCACAACAACAGGCGUUGAUUUCGCAGGACCCUUGCUGAUCCGAAGUGGCAUACGUAGAGUAACAGCAAUAAAAACUUGGAUAGCAGUAUUUGUAUGUUUCACAACCAGAGCGAUUCACCUAGAGGCAGUAGUUGGACUCACAAGCGACGCAUUCAUGGCAUCAUUGCGACGCUUUAUGUCCAGACGAGGGAAAUGUAGGAAGAUAUAUAGUGACAACGGAACUAACUUCGUAGGUGCGCAAAAGGAGUUGUCCAGUUACGUGGAAGGCACUGAAGAUCUCAUGGCCCGGGAAGGGGUAGAAUGGCACUUCAACCCACCAUCAGCCCCUCAUUUCGGUGGCUUAUGGGAGAGCGCCGUAAAGAGUGUAAAAACUCAUUUAGUUCGCGUCAUCAAGGAUACACGGCUCAAUCUUGAAGAGCUACAAACGCUAUUAUGCCAAAUUGAAGCGUGCGUCAACUCUCGACCUAUGACUCCAUUGAAUACUGAUCCAAGUGAGCCCAAUGCCCUGACACCCGCCCACUUCCUAGUAGGCGGUACCUUGUUGUUACCAGCGGAACCCGAGAUACCACAAACCGAAGUAGCGCGCUUAAAACGUUGGAAAUUUGUACAAGGUCUAAUGCAAAUAUUUUGGAGACGAUGGUAUAGCGAGUACUUACCACAGCUUCAAGUCAGGGGAAGAUGGUUGACCUCAAAAAGGGGAAUGGCAAUAAAUGACGUGGUAAUAAUAAAGGAAGAUUGCACUCCACCGACAAGAUGGAAGUUGGGAAGAAUAGUCAAGGUGCACCCAGGAGGCGAUGGUAUCGUUCGUGUAGUGACGUUACGUACUAUUACCGGAGUUGAAAUGCAAAGGCCUGUCGCUAAGCUAUGUCGGCUCCCACUGGAACAAGAAGUUGAAACUUCAUAA